UUGUCUCUGUAUCUCUAGAGAAUAGCGAUUUUAUCGUGGUUAGUCCACCAAUUUAGGAAGUAUUAUGAUGUUUUAAUAAAUUAAUUGACAAAAAAUUAAAAAGAUGCUCAUGAACCAUGAAAGAGAGUUUAAUAUACAUUAAUAAAAAUGAAGAAUGUGUUUAGAAAUUUUAAAACAACACUAAAGAUCAUAGGUUUCAGUAUAUAGAGAAUUAGCAAUUUUAGCUUUUGUUUUUAUCACUAAACUUUAUUCCCUCUGUUUUAUUUUAAUUAUCGUUAUAGGUUUAUGCACACAAAUUAAGUAAACAUAUGAUUUUGUAUUUUCCAAAACAAAAACACAAUUACCUAUACACCUAACCCUUUUUCAAUCAACAGAAAAAUAAAAUAGAAAAUCUUAUUAAUAAAUUUUGCAAUGAAACUCUAAAACGACACUUAUUUUGAAACGGAAAUUUUUCUCUACAUCGACAAUUAAAUCAAAACGGAGGGAUUACUUUCUCAUUACUGAGAGCAACUAGCUUAUUUUUUAGAUCACUAAACUUUACUUUCUAAUUACUGAGAGCAACUUAGCUUGUUUUUUUCUUAUUAUCCUCGUAUUUUUUUCUCAUCUCAAAACAAUUAUGUCAACAAAUUUUUUGUCAGACCUCCGAUCUCUUAAUGGUAUCUAUUUUGCCAGUUUAUACUAUGCCUGUUCAUACCUCCUUGCAUUCAACUAGUGCAAAAUUCAUAAUUUCAUUAUGUAUAUUUCUCUAAACCUUCCCUUAUUCUGUAGCUAGUCAUGGUGAUAAAACCUAGGUCAUCUACGCUUCUAAGUAACCACAAACACUUUAUUAAGUGUUUUUUGGAAAAUGUUAACCGUCUGGGAAUCUACUCUUCUCAAACCUAAAAUCUCAAAGAUAGUUCCUGAGAAACUCAAGUAGCAAUUUGCAUACUAGUCAUAGUGAUAGUUAUCUACAAUGGAUAUAUUAAAAAACAAUUAUAGCAAAAACAAAAAAAAUAUUAGAAAAAUAUAUUUUGUAUAAAAAAAUAGAAAAAAUAAAUUUUUGAAAUAAGGUUUCUUUAGAUUUAAACUUAUCAAGUAAUGUAUAAUAGAUUGAGGGGAUCAAAGAUCUCUUUAGAUUGGAAAUAACUAUUUUGAAAUAUGUCAGUCAAAUGAAAAUCAAUACAAAGCAGAUAUAAAAAGAAAAUAAUAUAUAAAAAUAUAAUGAAUAACGAAAAUAUCUCUAGAUUGAGAACAAAAUAUUUGAAACGAAAUUUAGAGAUGGGCAGAUAAAAAUUGAUACAAAUCAGAUUAGGAAUAAUAUGAAUAACGCAAAUAUCCAUCUAGAUUAGGAACAAAAUAUGUGAAAUGUAUCCGCCAAUAGUAACUAAUAGUCUAAUAAAAAUCUGAUUUUGUUUUUCUUUUCCUUCUUAUAAUGGCUAAACUAAAAUCAGAUUCUGUUUGAAUCUUAAUUAAAAUCGAUAAAAGAAACUCAAAGAUAUAAAGCAAAGGUGAUAUAUUGAAUUGAUAAGAAAAAGAGGUAAUAUAUUUACAAUACCAUGAAGAUAAAUUGCAAGACUGGAUUCAUGAGCUUCCUAAUGAUUGCUUCAGUACUCAUCAUAUUUCUCGUGGCUCCAGAAAAAGUUGAAGCCGAGCCACAAUGCAUUGGACUGUGUGGAAUGAUUUUUGACUGUCCGACUGCUUGCAUCAGGAUGGGAUACCAAUCUGGCCAAUGCGUUGGCUGGGAAAAUCCGGAUCAAUGUUGUUGUGACCAUUAAAUGUUUCAUAUCUGAACACUGAUAAUCAUAAUAAAUUUCUGCUAUUAGAAUAUAUCUAUAAGCGUCUGAGUUGUUGGCAUUUGACAAAUUUGAUUUUUUUUUAAUGGAAACCAACAUCAUUUAAAUA